UAAGGUCAUGAAGUUUGCAAAGUGGGUUCCUGUUUUUCUUUUAAGGCUUUUGGCCUUGGGAGGCACUGUGGCUGCAACCAUUGUUAUGGUCACCACCAAUGAUUUUUCUCAAAUCUUUGGUCUCACCUUUGAAGCCAAGUUCACCAGUUCACCAACUCUCAUAUACUUUGUUGUUGUCAAUGCCAUUGCCAGUGGGUACAGCCUCAUAGUUCUUUUAUUCACUUCAAAGAAUUGGGCUAGACGCGUUUUGCUUGUUUCAGAUACGAUUAUGACAUUGUUGCUGGAUUCAAGCAUAUCAGCAUGUCUAGCACUGGCACAAGUGGGGAAGAAUGGGAACAGUCAUGCUGGUUGGUUGCCAAUCUGUGGGCAAGUUUCAAACUUCUGUGAUCAUGUUGAAGGAGCUCUCAUUGCUGGUUUUGCAGCUUUUGUGCUCUAUUUUCUGCUUCUUCUUUACUCUUUCCACAAUGUCUUCAGUCUUUACACCCUUAAAACCUAGCUAGCUAACAAGUUUGGUCUCAUGUUUAGUUUGGGUUUUUAGUAUUUUUUUUUUCUUUUUGAUUAACCUUUGAUACAUUUCUAGGAAUCAGCAUGUGCAGUUUGAGGUUAUUCAAUGUAUUGCGAUAUCGAUAUCAGUGUUUUUUU